UGAGAUUAGGAUUCAUAAACAACGGGCAUGGGAUCUCUCUCUUUGUAGCAGCACCAAGAAUUUCUUCAAUCACUUUUGGGUACAACUCUACAAUCAAAGUAUAGCUGAGGUAGGCUUGUAAGAGAUCUAACAAGGAGAGAUCUUGUUGUUGAAACUUGGAAGAUGUCAAAUGUCUUGGAGAAACUGCAGGAGCAGGUAGAAAAAGUGCAAAUGCUGGGGUUACAAAAGCCUGAAAUGUUUGAAGCAGUGAGGGAUCCUAGCCUUCUUAGGGAUGCUUUUCAAAAAAUUGAUCAACAUCACCUGGGGGACUGUAGUGACAUGCGUCCAGUGGCUCAAGUCUCAAAACAUGUACGAGACCUCUAUAGCUUACUUGUUGCAGAGAGGGAUGCUAUUCUCAAUGAGGAAUCCAAUCAAGCAGAACCCAAGGUGGAGAUGCGAGAAGAUGGAAAUGGAUGGAGGUUACAUGUAUCAUCUCUAAAAUGGGAGGGAGCAAUCACUUCCAUAUUGGAAACAAUAGAAUCAAUGGGGUUGACGGUAGUGCAAGCCAAUAUUUCUUGCGAUAAGCUAUUUGUUUUCGAUGCUUUUCUUCAAGAGGAAACUGAAGCGGUGGAAGGAAAUGUGAACGAGCUAAGUGAGAAAAAUCGACCAUGAACGUCAUCAUAAUUUAUCCCACCAAGUAAUACAGGCAAUAAUGUUUCUAAAUUCAGUAUGAAUGUGGUUUACUGUUGUUACAGUGUUAGAAUAUUUAGUUGAUAUUGCUGAUUGCUUUGUUAUAUCAUAAUUAAUGGUGGAGGCUGUCCUUGAAUCGUACUUAAAUACUUUGAAUAUAAUAAGCUUGUUGGUUUGUCACUUGUUCA